GCCCGAGACCAUCAAAUCCUCUGCUACAUUUCUGCACUUCCCGUCUCUCCAUGAUUCUCCUUCUCUUCUCCUUCAUCUAAUGGAAUCUCCCAACCCUAAUCCACAACCUCCCGUCUCCGGCGCUUCCAUCCGCUCCCUCGUCAAGCAUUUGAAAACCAAAGAAUCCAUCAAUCCUUCUAAAAUGGCCGAACAAAUCCCCAAACCUCACAAAAAGCAAGUUCGACGACGGCUUCAUACCAGUCGGCCGUAUCAAGAGCGGUUGUUGAACAUGGCGGAGGCUAGAAGAGAGAUUGUUACUGCACUUAAGUAUCACCGGGCGGCUAUGAAGAAGGCCGAGCAGGAACUUCAGCCACAGACGCCGCUCGAUCCUUCCCCUGCUAGAUCUCAUGAAGCGAAGAUCAGGCCGAGGAAAAUCCUCAAAUCCUCGAGUAUUGACAGAAAUAGAGUUUAUGAUUCGCAAACUAAUUUCAAUACUAAUAGUAAUAAUUAUUAUAAUUUGAAGAAUUUGAGUAAUUAUGAUCCGUCGAUGAAUUGUUCGUUCCCGAUUUGGUCUCUGAAUUCGCAAUCCAUGGAAGGGGAUAAUAUGAUGAGCAUUGUAUUACCAGAACAAACUCUAGGGCUGAAUCUCAACUUGCAGGAUUUCAACAAUUUGGAGAUGAAUCUGUUCUCAAACGGAAAUAGCGUUUCGGUUUCGGGAUCAGGUUCUGGUUCGGGUUCGUCGUCUUCGUCUUCUCCCAGUCUUUCAAUUGAGACGGACCAGGAAGCACCGAAUUGGACAUCGGAGUCGAAUACGAGUGGCGGUGGUAGCGGCGGAGGGCUGCACGUGGCGGUAGGGGAGGAGGAGAUGGCGGAGAUCAGAUCGAUAGGAGAUAAGCACGAGAUGGAAUGGAGUGAUAAAAUGAAUUUGGUGAAAUCAGCGUGGUGGUUGAGAUUCAUGAAGAUCGGAAAAAAAGAAGAAGAAGGAAUCGGAUUCGGAUUUGGAGAUGAGUUCGAUCAGAUUCUCGAGUUUCCAGAUUGGAUGAACAAUGGAAACGAGACUUGUUUUCAAGAACAAUUGUUGAAUGAUUAUUGCUCAAAUGAUCACGACGAUCAUCCUUCCUCUGCUUUACCUUGAUUUUACGCAAGUCCAUUCAACCUUGUUGUGUGGAAAUAGGCUCUCUGUCCCAAACUUCAGAGUCAAAGUUGUGAAGUUUGACCCAUGUGGGGAAACUGGGUCAAAUGGGCUUUCUUCUUCAACAGGCCGCACAGUUGGGCUUAGUCAGGCCCAUCA